AUGUCCGCAGCGGUUCGGUUGUUGUUGUUGUUUCUGGUAUGGAGCACCGUGUUUUGUUCUGUACACGGACAACAGCAAGAUGACGCUAGCAGCAGUAGCCAAGACGUUUAUUGUCUGACGGUCCAUCAAGAUUUGGUUCGUCGACAAACGGACGAAUGGGGCAGCAAUGGACCGUUUGACGUGGAAGACGGCACCAAGCACACUCCCUUUUCCUUCUUCAAUGCAUCCACUCGACUGGCCACGGUGAUUGUGGGCAAUGGAGAUGAUGUGGGUGGUGUAUAUCAUCCCAUGGUGGCCAGUGACAAUCCCACGACGGUCCAUUUCAUUACACACAUCUAUGCGGUAGAUCAAAACAAUCAAAUCUUUGCUGUUGAGACGAUGGAUCCCAAUCAAGCGGCACCCGCCACGGUGGUCUUUGAGGUCCCCGAGGAUGUCACGGCAAUGACGGCAUUUGAAUUCUGCAAUCUACAUGGACUCUGGAUGGGUCCUACCGUGGAGACGCCAUUGUUGGGACAAGUGGAUAACGCAACAACAGUGGCGGCUGUGGAACGAGCGGGCGAUGAUCCAUCUGCAGCCAUGGAGUUUUCCAUGAUGUGCCAUGUGGAUUCUCCCGUCCCGGUGGCGUUUGAUUCUUUUGCUGCGGAUUUUGUCAGGCGACAAUCACUGCCGCCCUUCAACUCAUUGGAACCCUACGAUGAAGAAGAUGGAACCAAACACACUCCGUACAUUCAAUUGCACGACAAUGGAACUGCCACUGUCACUGUGGGCGUCGAGGGGAACUAUCACGUCAUGAAGGGUUCGUCAAGAGAUUUGUUGAACGAGGAACCACAUUGGAUCACGGAUGUCUAUGUGGUCGACCAAAAUGGCACCAUUUUGACCAUGCAAUCCUUGAAUCCAUCCAAUGUCGAUAUUGCACAAAUCCAAUUUGAGGUGCCAUCCAAUGCCACCACAUUGACUGCCUAUGAAUGGUGCAACGUGCAUGGACUGUAUCGAGGCCCCACUAUUUCCGCAGCCACGGGACAAGUCAUUGAUACGAAUACGGAUGAUGAGGAAAUGAAAGAAUCAGCGGCACUGUUGGUGAAUGGCAUGACUAUGAUGACGACCAGCGCAAUGGUGCUAUUGGCGGCGUCGUUCCUGUAG